AUGUUCAUCAAAGCCUCCGAUGCCGCAAGCUACCUUGAAGAAGCGGCAACAAUUUGCAGCUGGGGAGCAUGCGUCAAGCGAUUCUUCAUAGUAUUCUUCAUCAUCUCCUGCCUUGUUCUCUACUUUGUUCCUGGGUCUCGUUCCUAUGCCGGAAGAGGAUGUUACAUCAUGAUCGACAUCGUGGCGAGCUGUCUGAAAGCAGCAGUGAGUGGUUCUUUCGGCUAUGAGGCAUGUUUCGGAGCUUACCCAAGCUCCUAUUCUUCCAACCGCCUCGUCAGCUUUCCCGAAAUCCAGCAUACCAUCGCCACGAACGGAGACGUACACGCAGAACAGUAUAACGGUUCAGCUCACGCGUCACGGAGGAGACGUAAAGUCAAACAAGACCUGAAGUCGGAGGACGAAAAGACUAGAGGGCAUGACAGGAGAAGGCAUCGGCAUGAAAAAAACAGCCAGCCAUUAGGUCAGUCCACACAACGUCAUCAACUUCAACCGGUAACGAGAACAGUCCUAAAAGAGGCAGAGAUCGAAUCGACAUUCCCACCUCCAUUGAAAAUUAACGCGGACAGAACAUCGAACGGGUUUUAUCACCCUGGAGACAGGAAGGCAGAUCCUUCAUCCGCCUACGCUACUCACGGUCCUCAAUAUUCCACAUCGUUUGUGAUAAGUGGCGUAAAGACCGGACCAUCGGAUAUAGUGCAGAUGGAACCGCAGUUCAAGCAGGAAAGCGUCGACACAAUGGAGGAAGAGCAGUGCCCGCAGACGGUGAACAAGCAACGAGGCAUUCCGAGCGGCUGGUCAAGACCCGAGAAUACGCUUUACCCGGAGAACGAGGGCCCCACAAGAGACUGCGAUGUCUUCGGGCUCGGUGAAUUGGACUCCAAGUGGAACUGCGACGGCGAAUCGAAAGCUGGAUUCGGCACAAUGACUUUGGGAUACCCAGAGCGAGAGUUUGACGCGUGUGAUCUGCAGAGGCAUCGAAUGGGUCACGAGAACGUCUCGACAAAUGUUCAGAACUGUAAGGAUACGGUGGAGGAUUGGGAGGACGAUGCAAGGUCCAGGAUAUCGAAUAGAAGGUCGAGGCAUUCACUAUGACAGCAAACCUCGUGACUGGUGAGUACCAAAUGCAACAACUAACCUAUUUCUUUGGGUCAACUACAGAGCCUCAGCCAUUUGCGAAGAGUUGGACGAUAAUGACGAGGAAUGCAGAGCACGAGUGUCACUUCCGCCUGCUGAAGGGAAUUUCGUCAGUCGUAUCAAGGAUGCGGUGAGGAUAAACG